GCAUUGAAAUGGACACUUUAUGGAUACAAUUAUCACUGACACCAAAUAAAUGUAUGGUAGACAUUAAAGAUUUAAUUCUGCACAAUUAUUGUUUCUUUAUAAAUUCAUUUAAUUAAUUCCAAAUUGCAUUUUAUUGUACACAGGUCUUGUGGCAGCUUGCUUCGUUGUGUUCCUUGCGACCGCAUUGUUUGAAUCGCUGAAGCUGGUGAAGAUGUACAUCGAGCUGAAGAUCAAACAGAACCCACUGACAUACGGACUCACAGACCACACCACAGACAGGACUCAGCUGCUCGCACCACUCAGCUCACCGUCUAACAUGAAGAGAAUUGCAUCUAUACGGUUGAAGUUUCACUUCCUGGGCUGCAUGAUGCACAUGAGUUAUCUGUUCUGUGCGUACAUCAUCAUGCUCAUCUUCAUGACGUACAGCAUCUGGCUGGGAAUCAGUAUUGUCAUUGGUAGUGGUGCCGGCCACUUUGUGUUUGGAGCAUUAGGUCAUCAGCUGACCAAGAGGUAUACAAAGAUGGCCACAGCUUCCUCACCCUCCACUGCAGACGCUGGGGUGGUUAACCCUCUGUCAGCCGGAGAUCCCUGCCACAUGUAAUAUAAUACACAACGGACAGAAUGACCGUGGAAUGCUUUAAGUCGAGUGCUUUUUUUUGUUCUUGUAUGAAGUAAGGCAGAUAACAUUGCAGAGAACAGGAUCAUGGAUCAAAAUGGAUGGAUUUGUAAAGAACAAUAACUCUUGUCCAAUUGUUAGUCAACAGAAAUGCUAUGGAAUGAAUAAGUGCCAUAUAAGUCAAGUGCCAUAUUUGUUGUUACUUAUGCAGAUAACACUGUAGUGAAGAGUAACAUGGAACAAAGUGAGUAGAUCUUUUAAGUAACAGUCACGUUGUCUGAUUUUGAAUCAGACAGAAAAAAGCUUUGGAAUACUAUAAUCUAGUGCCUUAUUUGUUUUUGGAGUUAUACAGAUAUAACUUUGUAGUUGGUUCCAUCACACAUUUUCUUAUUCUUGUCUAAAAGUACGGAUUUGAUAGUCAGUCCAACUUGUAAAACGUAAAGGGACAUUCCUGAGUUUGCUGUAAUUUUAAAGAUGUUAUCGACUAAUAGAGACUUUUUAACAAUUGUCAUUACAGAUCAGAUAUAUUUUUCUGCAUAAAA